AUGGUGCACGAUCCCACACUACCAGACCGUAACAGCUUUCCCAACCUCAAGGACAAAGUUGUCGUCGUGGUCGGUGGAGCGAGCGGCAUUGGCGCUGCCCUUACCACGCUCCUCUACACUCAUGGGGCAAACGUCGUGUUGGGAGACAUCAACUCCGGCACGGGCGAAGCACUUGUCAAGUCUCUACUAAAACAGAAGGAACAGUAUCGUACUGCCGCUAGUAGUGGUACUGCCACAUUCGUCUUCUGCGAUGUCUGCAAGUACAGCGAUAUCUACGGGCUGUUCCGUACCGCCCUUGACAAGCACCACCAUGUCGACCAUGCCGUCUUCUGCGCCGGCAUCGUCGACAGCCCGGGUUCGCCAUAUUUCGACAUGACGCUCUCCGUCGACGCGGUUGGGAAGGACCCAGGCAGUACACGCACCCUCGAAGUCAACUUUUUAGGGGCCUGUGCCUUUGCCCGGAUCGCGCUAACGUUCUUACGCAACAAUUCUACGCCGAUGACCUUGAAUCUUCCAUCUUCCAACCGCAACCACCGACCCGAUCGAAGCAUGACCUUCCUCUCCAGUGUUACGGGCUUCCGCGACGCCCCCGGCAUGUUCCUGUAUCAGACUUCCAAACAGGCCAUUCUCGGCCUGAUGCGGGCGAUGCGGACGACAAUUUUCGCGAAUGGUGGCAUCCGUGUCAACGCUGUGUGCCCCGGGAUGACGGAGACGCCGAUGACGAGCGCUACCGGGCUUAUCGAAUUAUUCAAAAAUAGACCCGAGGCGAACACGGUAAUCCCAAGUUCCACGUCAACUAGCACUCCUCCUACUCCUACUCCUACUAGCCUGCCGUCGCACUAUCAGUCAUCUACUGCAGUGGCGGAGCAUGUCGCCACCAUUAUGCUCAUGGAGAGUCUGAACGGGGCAAGCAUCUACGUCGAAGAAGGGAAGGGGUGGGAAUUUGAGGUGGGAAUGGCCAGAGAGAUGCCACGAUGGUUGGGGGAGGAGCCGACGCGACUCUCGGAUGAGAAUCUAAGGUUCCUUGAAAGUCUAGGCGGACCAUGA